GACGGCUUCGCGGUUCAGAUCCUGGCCAACCUGUGGCGCUUGGACGGGCCAGUGCAGCCAGAGUGGAGCAUGGAGCGCUUUGCAAAGCUGGGCGUCCUCUGCUUCGCGGACACCACGCAGCCCUUCUGCAAGCACGCCCUGGAUCUGAGGCUCUACCAGGCCCUCCAGGCUGUGUGCAUUUGGACCCUGGCCCUGUUGCUCCGUGCAAUCGGGCUCAGAAAUGGUGCCUCGAAUCUUUGGGAGUUCUGCAACGCAGACGCCCUGUGUGCCACCAUCCUCGUGAAGGGAGCCUUGAGCUUCCAGCGUGCCCGAAGGGUGCCGCAUGACUUGGCGCAGCUGCAGAAGGCGAUCCUCUCCAGCGCGCUGGGCCUCAGCCACCCGAGCCUCGUCUUUGACGGCGAGGGCGAGGCCGACGUUGGCAUCGCCGAGCGCCAGGAACAGCUGCUGAGCCACUGUGCACUGCUGGCAGCCGUGGCCUCUGAGAAUGAGCUCCUGGACUGUUUGUUAUCUUAUGACUGGGCAGCGGCAACGGACCUUGUGCCCGUGCUGGCUGCGCAUCUGGCGGUAAUGGCGAGCUCGACACAGCUCCCUCUUCCCCAUCUUGAAGAUGCUGCCACCAACUAUCUGCGGCACCUGAAGCUCCGGUCCCUGAUUAUUUGGGACAUACUUCUCCUCGAGACCUCGCCUGAGCGCGGCUUCCUGCGUGACUGCGCGCAGCUCGCCUUCCACGUGGCUCCCAGCCCGGAAGCGGCCAGGUCCCUGGUCUCUCGGGUGAACGAGGCCGACGCCCUGGCCGUGGCGUUCUCCUGCGCCCUUCUGGCAAACGCAGGCCUGGGGCCGAAGGAGACGGCCGAGACGGCCAAGCUCUUCCACAAACUCUCCGCGGCGAUGCGGGGACAGGCGAGGGCUCAACUGGAGAUGACCAGUUUCUGGAGAAAGGACAAGGCGGAUGACUGGCUGUCGCUUUUCGGCCUGGAGCCCAAAGAGGCGAAACCGAAAAGGCCGGAGCCGGAGCGCAGCACCGUGCUUGCUGAGAGCAGGAGGCGAGCACCUUCAACUCCUGGACUUCGAGAUCUCAUGUCUGACGUUCCCAAGGAGUUUUGCUGCGCACUGGAUGGCAGGCUGCUUGUGGAUCCAGUCCGCACGCCGGGCGGCCGCGUCUACGAGCGCUCAGUGCUGGCCAAGACACUGGCGGAAGGAGAUCCUCGUGUGCUUUCCGACAGCCCGUACACCCUGCAAGACUGCCAGCGAGACGCAGGCUUGCGAGCCAGGAUCGUCGAUUGGGUUCGAAGCACUCACUCCCAAAGCAAGGAGAAAAGGCAUAGUAGAUGCGGGGUUUGCUGUUUGGCUCCGAUGUGCUCGUCCACAACGCGCAGCAUGGGUGCCAGCCGACAGUCGAGAUUGAAGAGGCUUUGCUUCACUUUGGCUUGGUCCGGUUCACUGGCCCAAGACGGCUUGGCAGAUGCUGUCGUGGAGUGGAUUGGUGUCUUUGUCUUCCGUGCAGGUUCAGACAGGCUGGCUGCGACAGCAUCAGCUGAGGAAGUGGAGAUGCUCACCAAGCUGACCGGGUUGGCCGACAUUGCCUACGAUAUCCUACGAUGA